AAUAACUCCCCGCCAUUAUUCUACAUUGUUGAAAGAUUUCUUUCUCAUUAAAAUAGAUUUUUUUUUCGCCCAUGUGCAGAGGCAGACUAUAGAAUCAGGCGGCAGCGGGUUCAGUGAGCGCAGAGGCUGUAAACAGUCUAAUUGGACUGGUUCUGUAGCUGCAGCUCCAUGUGGAAGAAUGCCUGCGCUUGCUAUUGAUAAACUACCAGAGGAUGUCGUUGUUUUCGCUGCCUCUGUGUGUUGAAUGACACUCUUCGUCAGGGGCACUCAGUGACCUCGAUCCAGCAGGAGUUACGCACGUCAUUCAGCUCCUAUGCAGACACAAGGCGCAAAGACAGGAUCCCAAAGGGAAAGGCGACUCUCCGCGAAACCGGGCAAUGCAAAAUGACUGAUGCGCGCCGGAGAAAGCGCUCUCUCAGCUAAAGAAAAAAAAAGGCAUCAGGGUUUUUUUUUUUAGCGUGCAUUGUUCAGUCAAAGAGUUUUUACAGGAUCCUUCGUCGCAUGUGUCAAGGCUGCAACGUGACGGGUGAACAAAAUGCUGUGGAGUUUUUGGGAGUUUGCAUGCGCUUUUCUGGGUCUGGGCUGCCUGGUGGAUGGUGUCCGCGGGGGUUACGGGAUGAGCAUGUUCGCUGCUCAGCAGACACCGCCCGAUCCUUGCUACGACGAGAACAGCAAUCCCAGACGAUGCAUCCCCGACUUCGUCAACUCGGCUUUCGGCAAGGAAGUGAAAGUGUCUAGCACUUGCGGCAAACCCGCGUCUAGGUACUGUGUGGUGACCGAGAAAGGAGACGAGCGCUUCAGGAAUUGCCACAUUUGCGACUCAACCGACCCGAAGAAAGCUCGCCCGCCGUCCUAUCUAACUGACCUCAACAACCCUCACAACCUGACUUGCUGGCAAUCGGAGAACCACAUCCAGUACCCACAGAACGUCACCCUCACCCUCUCCCUCGGCAAGAAAUUCGAAGUCACAUAUGUCAGUCUCCAGUUCUGUUCCCCGCGACCCGAAUCGAUGGCUAUCUACAAGUCGAUGGACUACGGCAAAUCGUGGGUGCCUUUCCAAUUCUACUCGACCCAGUGCAGAAAAAUGUACAACAAGCCGAACAAGGCUGCCAUCACCAAGCAGAACGAGCAGGAGGCUAUCUGCACCGACUCCCACACCGACAUGCACCCUUUCACUGGAGGCCUCAUAGCUUUCAGCACCUUGGACGGCCGCCCGUCGGCGCACGAUUUUGACAACAGCCCUGUCCUCCAAGACUGGGUCACCGCUACCGACAUCAAGGUGGCUUUCAGCCGCCUCCACACCUUCGGCGACGAGAACGAAGACGAUUCGGAACUUGCCAGGGAGUCCUAUUAUUACGCCGUGUCCGACCUGCAGGUCGGAGGCCGCUGUAAGUGUAACGGGCACGCGUCCCGGUGUAUCCGAGACCGGGAUGGCAACCUGAUUUGUGACUGUAAGCACAACACCGCCGGCCCGGAAUGUGACCGAUGCAAACUUUUCCACUACGACCGACCCUGGCAGAGGGCCACGGCCAGGGAAUCCAACGAGUGUGUAGCUUGCAAUUGCAACCUUCACGCCCGGCGUUGCCGUUUUAACAUGGAGCUCUUCAAACUGUCUGGCCGCAAGAGCGGAGGAGUGUGUCUGAACUGUCGUCACAACACAGCGGGCCGCCACUGCCACUACUGCAAGGAAGGCUACUACCGGGACAUGACAAAGCCCGUCUCUCACAGAAAGGCGUGUAAAGCCUGUGAUUGCCAUCCGGUGGGUGCAGCUGGCAAAACCUGUAACCAAACCACGGGCCAAUGUCCCUGUAAGGACGGUGUGACUGGCAUCACGUGCAACAGAUGCGCCAAAGGUUAUCAGCAGAGCCGAUCUCCCAUUGCGCCGUGCAUAAAAAUUCCAGUGGUCCCACCUACGACUGCUGCCAGCAGUAUGGAAGAAUCUGCCGACUGUGACUCAUACUGCAAGGCUUCCAAGGGAAAACUGAAAAUAAAUAUGAAAAAAUACUGCAAGAAAGAUUAUGCUGUUCAAGCCCACAUCUUGAAAGCAGAGAAGGCUGGUGAAUGGUGGAAGUUUACAGUGAAUAUCAUCUCCGUGUACAAACAAGGGGUGAAGCGGAUACGGCGCGGAGACCAAUUUCUCUGGGUCCGCUCGAAGGAUGUCGCCUGCAAGUGCCCCAAAAUUAAAAUGGGGAAGAAAUACCUACUCCUAGGAAAUGAUGAAGAUUCUCCUGACCAGAACGGGGUUGUUGCAAACAAGACCAGUUUGGUGAUACAGUGGAGGGACACGUGGGCACGGAGGCUGCGGAAGUUCCAACAGCGGGAGAAAAAAGGGAAGUGCAAGAAGGCGUAAAAAGAGACUUUCAAACAGGAAUGACGUUAGGAUAAAAUUAGGAACUUGUGAAGGAACUUAUCUAGCAGUUGGGAUUUUUGGAAUUGCCAAUUUUGCACCUAAUGCUGAUUUUUUUCAAAUUCACAAAAAUAAACAAGAAUACAAAAAACAAAACAGAAUCGAUGGACUACUCUUUGCAUAACAGCUGCAAAUGUUCCAAAUUGAAGGGCAUUUGUUUCAUAACCAAAAUCCUUCCACAGUUGGUCUUCUCUGCAGAAUGCAGUAUGGUUUUUGUUAAAGGGGGCACACCAAUACAAACUGAUGAUAGCUGGGACUCAUGCCAAGAAUGGUUUGAUCCCAACAUAAGCUGUUAACUUUUAGCUGUGCAGUUAACCUAAAAUGUUGCUGUUUCUAUUUUCUUUCUUCACCCUGUUUACAUUUGACACAACAUUCAGCGUUGCAUAGUGAGUUGGUCUGCCAAGAACUCUUUUGGCAAUCAUUGUGGACAUUAUAUUCCCUAUUAAAUACUUUCAGAAACUGAGAUAAAAUAACUUUUCAAAAUACCGUUACUAUACUUUGUGUUUCUUCACUUCAUCCCAACUUUUUCCUCACUCUUGUUUAAUUUGUUGUUGUUUUUUUUUCACAAUUCUAGGCUAGCAAUUCUUCUGUUCCCAAGAUUAAAUCAUCCUGUCCCUCUGAUAAAUUCUCCCAAGUUUGUAAUGCAUCAUCUAUUUUAUGGACGAAUUUUCACAAACUGAAUCCAGUCAAAAAAGGAUUUGCAGUAAAGCAUCCUGAAAUCCAACUGAUGCUAAACAUCUAUAAAUCUAAAUAGAAACCCUUUCAGUAAAAGAUCACUGAAAUAAAGCUCUAUUUUCUUUUGAAAUUAAUUAUUUUACAGAUUCGCAGAAUUGCUGCACAAAAACAAAAUAGUAAAUUCACCGACACUUGUAUCUCUCAUCAAAAUCUUAACGUAUAUCUUAACAAAUUCAUUAUAGCUUUUCUAUUUGUAUAGUUAGUACUUCAUUAAAAGCCUCGGUUAGAUUUGAACGUACUCUUGACUGGAAAUAUAACAUAUUUUGAUCAAAACAAAUAUGGAGGAUGGACCUCAUUCAUCUUCCUACACCUGACAAGCCUGGUGGUUCAAAUCCAUCACCUGAACAGUAAACUUCACACCUAGAUCUCUUUGUAACCGUAUGCAUGGUUACUGGCGAUAAUUUACUGCCUGAUCCACUGACCCAAUCUCACUUCCAAUGGAGUAAGGCGACAUUUCAACCUUACGAUCACAAUCUCUAUCAAGGAACUGACCCAGGUCACACAGAUGACCCUUGCCUUUGCUGUGACCCUGUUUACAAGUAUGUGCAGCUCGUUUGGUAAUCAAUCAUAACAGCAGACUAAAAAAUAAAAAAAAAAGUGUAGAAAAAAAACUAACCUUAAACCCGUACAUAUUACCACUUUAAGACUGUAUAAAGUUGAUUUUUUUUUUAGCCUAAGGAAAAGAGGUACUAAAGAAAUGAAUGGGUUUUGUGACAGGGUAAACAUCUUCAAGGUACCUCAGUUACAGUUAGUGUAUGAUGACUAUAAAACUGACAUAAUUGGACGUGUGUUUAUAUUGAUGUAAUGUAGUUCGGGGAAAAAGACUUUUCUAUCAGCUCACCCAUACUCCAGCUAACUUAGUCCCCUCUGCCACAGACCUGUUGGGCUAUACCUUUACCUGUUAAUAAGUUGAACUGUAAAUGUUGUUUAGUUAUGGUCAUUGCAUAGUUUGCAAUGCUACUCCUACAAUGCAUACUAAUAUAUUAUCAUUAUUAUAUAUGAAUAUAUUUAAUUACACAUAAAAAUUGUGGAUUGUUUUGGUUGUUAGAUGGCUGUAAUUCAACCUGAUGUGAACAUGUACUAUAACUGCUGAGCGCCCACUUGAUAGAAUUAAAUCCAGAAUUCAGUUGAAUAAAGUCUUGUAAACAAUA